UAGAAUCUCUACGUUCUACUCUCCAACCAUAAACGUUCUCUUAUACGUCAUCAUACGCGACUUUCUUAAUGUAAACAAACAGUAGGCUAAUCGUGAGCAUGGCGAUACAUAUGGACAGACUCGUAAAGGAGAAAGGAGGUGAUCACCAAGAGAAAAAGACAUGUCGUCUGAGGAAAAUCAAGUUGAGCCACAGGCAAAAAGAUCCAAGAAAGCAGAGACAAACAUCAGAGGAGACACAAAGCAGGCCCCUCCUAACGCUCCUCCCCAGUAACUCUGAGGACGACUCCCAGCAGUCAGACAAAGGAGAGGGAGAACACAGUGAGGAGCCAAAGGGCCUGUCGAAGGCAGACCACUGGAAAGGCCCAGCCCCCACCGUGGAGGAGGAGUCCAGGGAGGAGGAGUUAGACGAGUACUUUGAGGACAUGUUUCUUUCACCACCCCACCCUUGGAUUUCUGCCAGCAAGAGUCAACAUGCAAGAGUCAACAUGCAAGAGUCAACAUGCAAGAGUCAACAUGCAAGAGUCAACAUGCAAGAGUCAACAUGCAAGAGUCAACAUGCAGAGUCAACAUGCAAGAGUCAACAUGCCAAGAGUCAACAUGGAGUGUCAACAUGCAAGUGUAAAACUGCAAGAGUCAACAUGCAAGAGUCAACAUGCAAGGGUUUCAACAUGCAUAAGAGUCAACAUGCAAGAGUCAACAUGCAAGAGUGA